CAUAAACCCUAAACCGCUCACACCUCCUUGCCCCCAACUUCCUCUCAAAUGGAACCUCCUUUACCUCCUAAUCAAUUCUUCGUAUGGAGAGAGUUCUUGUGGGGAGCUGUUGCUGGGGCUUUUGGGGAAGGAAUGAUGCAUCCGGUAGACACUGUAAAAACACGAAUUCAAAGUCAAGCAAUUCUUAGUGGAAGUCAGAACCAAAAGAGCAUAUUGCAGAUGGUUCGAGCAGUUUGGGUUGCUGAUGGACUACGAGGCUUUUACAGAGGUGUAGCUCCUGGGGUAACUGGAUCUCUAGCCACUGGAGCAACAUAUUUUGGUUUCAUAGAGUCCACCAAAAAGUGGAUUGAAGAAUCACAUCCUAGUCUUGGGGGCCACUGGGCACAUUUCAUUUCUGGAGGUGUUGGAGAUACUCUUGGUUCUUUUGUAUAUGUCCCAUGCGAAGUGAUGAAGCAGCGCAUGCAGGUUCAAGGCUCAAAAACAUCUUGGAAUUCCACUGUUGGGAAAGACAUCUUAGCGAAAUCUGGUUCGGAAAUGUACUGUUAUUACACUGGAAUGUUUCAAGCUGGUAGCUCAAUAUGGAGGGAACAGGGGCUAAGGGGACUAUAUACUGGAUACUGGUCUACACUUGCAAGGGAUGUUCCAUUUGCUGGUCUCAUGGUUAUGUUCUAUGAAGCUCUGAAAGAUCUGACAGAAUAUGGGAAGCAAAGAUGGAUACCCAAUUUAGAUCUCUAUGUGAAUAGUUCUGCUGAAGGACUUGUAUUAGGAGGAUUAGCUGGUGGUUUUGCCGCAUAUCUUACCACUCCAUUGGAUGUCAUCAAAACAAGAAUGCAAGUACAGGGAUCAACUGUGAGGUACAAGGGCUGGUUGGAUGCGGUUCAUAGGAUCUGGAUGAUCGAAGGCGCCAAGGGAAUGUUCAGAGGAAGCAUCCCCAGGAUUACUUGGUAUAUUCCAGCCUCUGCUCUCACUUUCAUGGCUGUCGAAUUCCUCAGAGACCAUUUUAACCAAAAAUUAGAGAAUGAUAUUACAGAAGAAGUUGCAACCUUGUCCAUAGAGAAAAAAAAAUCUAUACGGGAAGUGGCAUAGGAAAAAAUCUCAAUUUUGACCCAAAUUGUAUAUCUUCUAGGAACCUUGUUAAUCAACUAAGAGAACAUCACUAAAUGAUACAUUUAGAUCGAGUAAUUCCAUCUCUUGUUUUGUUCUUUGUAGUGCAACAACUCCAUUGCUUGAAAUUUUCUGUCCCACCAAUUGCCAAUUGGUUUAUUAAACUGUGAACCGGUCACCUUUCAAUAAGAUUUAAAAAAAUUUAGGAAGUGUUAGCGGAGUUGCUG